AUGUCAGCAAACGAUUUCUACUCAUCCGGUGACCAAGGUGAAUACAAACCAAAAGAAUCCGGAAACAAUUCCAACCAAGACUCCGAAAACCCACAAGAUAGAGGUCUUUUCUCCACUCUUGCCGGUGGUGCAGCUGGUGGAUUUGCCGGUAACAAAUUAGGUGGAGACAAUCAUGGGACUUUAGGUACUGUUCUUGGUGGUGUCAUUGGUGCUGUUGGUGCUAAUAAAAUAGAAGACGCCUAUGAUGAUCGUAAAGACAGAAAGGAUCAACGUAGAGAUGAUUACAGAAGAGAUGAUCAUGGUUUUGGUGGAGGUAGAAGAGAUGAUCAUGGUUUUGGUGGAGGUAGAAGAGAUGAUCAUGGUUUUGGUGGAGGUAGAAGAGAUGAUCAUGGUUUUGGUGGAGGUAGAAGAGAUGAUCAUGGUUUUGGUGGAGGUAGAAGAGAUGAUCGUGGUGGUUAUGGGGGUGGAAGAAGAGAUGAUUAUCGUGAUGAAGGUCGUCAUGGUGGUGGUCCUCAUGGAAGACGUUAA